AUGGCUUUAGUAUCGCAUAAUUCUGGAAAGAAUGCGACACAGGCAGCUAAAAGAAUUUGUGAUGUUUAUGGACAUGAUGCAGUGUCAGUACGUGUUGCACAAAGCUGGUUUAAACGUUUUCAAUCUGGAAAUGUUGAUGUCAAAGAUGCACCUCGUUCUGGUCGACCAAUCACUGAAAAAGUCGAUGAAAUUUUAGAAAAAGUUGAACAAGAUCGACACAUUAGCAGUCAUGAUAUCGGUAAGGAAUUAAACAUCGACCAUAAAACAGUUUUAAAUCAUUUGGAGAAAGCUGGAUACAAAAAGAAACUCGAUGUUUGGGUGCCAUACAAUUUAACAGUGAAAAAUUUAAUGGAUCGAAUUUUUAUCUGUGAAUCAUUACUAAAACGGAACGAAAUUGAACCAUUUUUGAAACGACUCAUUACAGGCGAUGAAAAAUGGAUUACGUUGCAACAAAGUGAAUCUUCGAAAACAGUGAUAAAAUCAGAAUUUGCGUCAAGUAAAGUAAUGCUGUGUGUGUGGUGGGAUUGGAAAGGUAUUGUUUACUACGAGUUGCUAUCACCCGGUCAAAUGAUUGAUUCUAAUCUCUACUGUCAACAACUAGAUAAAGUACAUCAAGCAAUUGAGAUAAAACGACCAGAAUUGAUCAAUAGUGAAGGCAUCGUUUUCCAUCACGAUAAUGCCAGAUCCUAUACAUCUUUAGAGACCCAUCAAAAAUUGAGAGGUCUUGGUUGGGAAGUUUUAAUGCAUCCACCAUAUAGUCCUGACCUAGCUCCAUCAGAUUAUCAUUUGUUUCGUCCUCUACAGAGCUCUCUUAAUGGUGUAAAGUUGACUUCAAAGGAAGCCUGUGAAAAUCAGUUGUUGCAGUUUUUCGCCCAAAAAUCACAACAGUUCUACACCGAUGGGAUUAUGAUUUUACCUCAAAAAUGGCAAAAAGUGAUUGAUCAAAACGGCAUAUAUUUGGUUUAA